ACUCCCUACAUCAAACUAGUCCGCCCCUCUCUUUCGUGGUAUACCUGUAUUUUAUCAUCGCUGGUCGAUGUUCAACUUCGAUACGGAGCACUCCAAACUUAACUCCAACUUGGAGAACCCACCGAUUCUGAGGCUGCCUUCCGAAAUUCUUGAUCAUUGCUGGAGUUAUCUCAGACGACGGGAUCUUUUCCAAGUGUCCGGCGUGUCCCGCGUAUUCUGGUAUACCUCGAGAUCUAGGAUAUUUCAGUCGCUCAAUGUCACCCUGCCAUCUCUGGCGGUCCUCCCCUUGAACCAGAACCUGGUCCGCCGUUCAACGAACAAAGCUCCUAAGAUGCUCGAGCGUGCUGCUACCCGAAUUACAAGUUUCUAUUCAGAUCCAAGUGCUGGUGAACUCUGGGACAUGGUUCAGGACUGGACGGUCUCGACUGCACCCGCGAUCAGGAACAGCAUGUUCUUCUUUGCGCGCUCGCAGGAGAAGAAUUUGGCCUCGAGAUCGGUCGAUGCCAUCUUUCCGUUUCUGACGUGCAGUCGUAAUCUUCGUUCUCUUGAACUUGUCCGCGUGAAUCUUGGAAGGCAACAAUGGAUUAUCAUCGAAUGCCUGCCUGCUCUGGACACCCUCAGACUCAUCUCAUGCCUCUUCCCGCCUUCAUCUCAUUUGGAGCGCCCGCUGAAGCUAAAGGAACUUGCAAUCGCUGGAGACAACUUCGGUCCUCGUUCAAUCGAAGAACGCUUGGUUUCUGUGCUCUGUAACCCAACCUAUCUACAAAAACUUACUCUUAUCGAUUUUCUUGUCACCCAUACUGUACUAGCGGUCCUUUCGUCCAUGGCGCCCUUUCCCCACCUCACAUAUCUAAGCAUAUUUGUUACAUCCCCGAGCCGCGACCAUUUCUUCAGAUUCCUUGCAGCAACACCUGCCCUAGCGACAUUGAGGAUUUUCCCCUGGUCUGCAAACAUUACGCCCCCGCACCCGUUGCCACCCCUGUCUUCCCUUCGGUCUUACGAUGGUUAUCCAAACCUACUUUCAUACAUCGUGCCUGGACGACCGGUCGAUUGUGUUUGCCUCGUGCUCAUGAUGGUCACUACGGAUGACGAUCAACCAGAUUAUGCUAUCCAUACCGAGCUGGUCUCGACCGUGCGCGACAUCUCACGUUCCACAGUUCCAGUCAGGAAACUAGCAAUCGAGUACUUUCUGCCCACUUUAGAUAACCUCGCCGCCAUCGCGAAGCAUCUUCCGGAUCUUCAUCGCCUGGACUUAGGUCUUAUCUCAGGGCCCCCACCGCUCACACCCGUCAGUGUGAUAUUUGCCUUCAUACUGUGUAAUUUCGUUCAUGCGUCGCUAUCUCCACAGGAAGAAAUCAUCACCCUUUCCGAGUCAAGUUCUGAGUUCGGCCUCGACUAUACUAGUGAACCACUUGAUACUGUGGACACCAUGCAGGUACGUCGAAUCGCAGAUAAGGCCAUGCUCCAACGAAAAUCCUUUCAGGGUCUUCUGAGUUGGCUGGCGGAGGGUCGUGCCCCACUUCCGCCCAAGCUGGUGACACUUCGGCUAUCACAUAGUUUGACGGGAAACGAGGACAUACAGUGUGCUGAAGGCGUCAAGCAACGGAAACUUGUUCGUUGCUUGCAUAGUAGGUAUCCAACACUGCGCGAGGUCGAGAUGGGAGGAUGCCGUUGGUGGAGAGAGGGUGUGUAUUGGUCGCGAGAGAUUCUUGAAUUUGAAGAAACGUAGAUCGUGCCUCACGGUAUAGGGUCACAUGUGCUUCGGUGUUCACACCAGUGGGAUACAAAUAACGCUAUAAACAUAUCUAUUACCACUCCCGACAAAUUAUCCUAGAGAAUGAGUAAACUUGGAAUUAUCUUC